AAGAGAGAAGUUAACAGACCAAUCAGCCUUGCUCGCCCACACAGCGUGUACAGCCUUGUUUUUGUUCUGUAUGUAACCAUGGCAAUUGCUCAGGCAGGUACGGUGACCUGCACUUUAGAGAAGAGGGGGCUGAUUGCUCCACUGCUGCGUCACUCAUUCAGCUGUUGCUAUCUAGUUAUGGUGAAAUUAUAAAGGUAGUGGAGCGACCCUCAACCCCACUAAUGCUAAUACGCGUCGUUAUUUUGAACAGACUGAGGCUGAGCACAGCUUUAAAUGUGAUCUCGCUUAUUUACCUCUCGUAGAGGAAUUAUUUUCCUCCUCCGCAACACUGAAUGGUUUUGACAUGUUGGUUGUGAACAGCUACGGUGACGACGACGACGAUGCCUCCAGCUCGUCAGACAGCGAAGAUGAGAUCCUGAGGCAGUUUGAGAUGUCCGUGUCUCGUUCACAGAAUUUUCGCACCGCAGCAGCAAACAUCGGUGAGCAGCAGCCCCAGCAGACUCACCUGUCACUGGGUCGACGACACAAAUUUACCCGACUAUCAGACCAGGAGGAGGGCAGCACUGAGCCAUCAGACUGUGAAGAAACGGCAGCUCAAAGCCAACAGGGUUUCCAGGAUCCGCUCUCUGCGGUGGUAGAAGCAAAAGAAAGGGCAUCCAUGCUCUCUUUGGACAGACCUGCAGGAGACCACCCACUGGCCUCCAGUGACUGUCCCACCGUGAGUAUGGACCAGCAAUCUACGGAAGCAGUGGAUCAUGACAAGAAUGAGGUCACAGAAAGCCCCUCCGCCUGGACCCCAGAGGAAGAGCCACCUCCUCUUGGCGAAGUCUCGUCUCAGCCAGGCUGUUCUUCCCCUCGAACUCCUAUCUCCAAGUGUGGAGAUCUGGUCCUCUCCCUGGAGUACCGUCCUGCCGCAGAAAAACUGCUGGUCACUGUGAUUGCGGCCCGAGAUAUCCCCGACAAGGCUCGAAGUGGGAUGAGCGCCUGGCAGGUGCAUGUGGUCCUGCUGCCCUCCAAGAAACAGCGACACAAGACCUCCGUGCAGAAAGGCUCACUCCCGCACUUCAACGAGACGUUUCGCUUCUCGCGCCUGGAGCCAUCCGACCUGCAGAAGUCAGCUAUCAGGUUCAGGCUGUAUGCGCUGGGUAGCAGGAUAUCACGUGAGCGAAUGAUGGGGGAGAAAGUGCUGCGUUUACGAGGACUUAACCCAGACGGGGGGACGAUGGAAACGACACUAGUCCUGGAGCCUAGAAGUAACCUGAAGAGUGUCGACUCCCAGCUCAGCCUGUCUGCCGUCUCUCAGAGCGACAGCGCCUCAUCAACCCAGUCUCUGACCCACGGUGGCGUCCCUGAACUGCUGGUGGGUCUCUCCUACAAUGCCACAACGGGACGCAUGUCUGUGGAGCUCAUCAAGGGCAGCCACUUCAGAAACCUUGCCAUGAACAGGCCACCAGACACCUAUGGACGACUGACUCUGCUGAAUUCAGUUGGUCAAGAGAUCUGUCGGACUAAGACGACAGUACGCCGUGGUCAGCCCAACCCCGUGUACAAGGAGACAUUUAUCUUCCAGGUUGCUCUGUUCCAGCUGUCAGAUGUCACUCUGCUGAUCUCUAUCUACAACCGCCGCAGCAUGAAGCGCAAGGAGAUGGUGGGUUGGAUCGCUCUGGGCCAGAACAGCAGCGGCGAUGAAGAGCAGCUUCACUGGCAGGACAUGAGGGAGGGUCGAGGACAGCAGGUCUGCCGCUGGCACGUCCUGCUAGAGGCAUAAAAUAACUGUCGGGCAGGACUUUACUUUCUUCUGUGGUUUUUCUUAUAUUUUUUUAUUCUGUAGUUAGACAGAUUUAGAGCUUUUGGAAAAGAAAAGGAAAGCCUUGAUUUAGAGAGUGGAUUAUUAUGGUUAAGAUUUCAGGCCUCAGUGAUUCACAGAAUCUCCCCAAUUUUUACAUCCAGCACAGAUGGUUAGUUUGUGUCAGCAUGCAGGACAAAGUCAUCGGUCCUCAGGCUGUAAUCGGUUUAAAAUACAAGCUUUCAAUUCAUGUUUCAGGAAAGAAAAAAUAUUUAAAGGCUAUAAAAAGACAUUGAAGGCAUUAAAUUUACUCCUGAAUUGGCAGAAUGAAGUCAAAUAUUUUUGUCUUGUUAUCUCUCACACUUCACUGCAGGACAUUUGUCCUCUGUAAACUAAACUGCAGGGAAGAAAUUGGGAGAUUCGACAUUCUGGAAAUAUUAGUGGCACAUCCUGUCAGAAGUGUCACAGAUUUGCAUUUUUGUUAUGGGUCGAGAAUGAUCAACGUUAUAUGAGGAAGUUCAUUUAGGUCACAAAAACUAGCAAAAUUAUUCAGUAAGUGUUCAGUGAGCUCUGCAGUACAUCAGACAUCUUUUCAUUAAGAUCUUAUGAUGUAACAUCAUUUAUAUCAGAGCACAAGCACAUGGCUGCCCAUCAGUUUAACCAAUUGUAUACUCACUGGUUAAAUCCCACUGCUAGCCUGAAUGGAGUGAUUUAAAAGCAUAGAGACUUGUGAGAAAUACAUUCAAGUGAUAUGUUACUGCAAUUUACACCUUUCCACUGAGCUUAGAGAGCUUGGUUAGCUGGUAAAAUGCAAAUAUCUGUAACUGUA